AUGCUAAGGACGGCGAAGAAGCACAACGCGAGCUUCGCGGCCAUAAAGCUGGACAAGUCCCUAAAAGACCAACUACCUGUCUGGUACCACAUCAGCGCGUCCAAGCACCUGAGAAGACUUGACAACACUACCAUAAGUAAAUGCCUGCGAAUGACACACGGGGCCACAACGGUAGCAGAUAUAACACGAAUAGCGAGGCAUGACACGCCGAUCGUGAUGAAUGACAACAGCAACGACAUCUCCUGUACAUGCAUAGACUGCGCGAGUGAGAGGAGGCUAGGAUGUCAAGACCCACUAAAAUGCAAAGAUGCGGCGAGGCGACUAAUACGGCUCCUUGAGCAAAAAUGGAACCCUACAAUAGACUCACCGAACGAUGGCCUGACUCUUACAAAGAAGAGGCUGGAUAUCAAUGCCAAAGCAAUUGAAAGUGGAGAUGCAGUGACGUUCAACCCCUCUGUAACAGAACGAGGAGGACUAACGGAAGCCUUUAGGGUGUUUGUC